AUGAACAGCCAAGACCACCGACAGUUUCUUGGCAAGUGGAACGUAAUGUUAGACAACGAAAAGAAAAGGAUUGAUGUGUACGAGUUUCGAUAUUUGUGGCAACUGCGCGUUGGUAUAGAGCUUGUCGAUCGUCAAAAGAACGUUGGGAUCUUCGCUGUUUUGUCGACCAAUGCGCCGGAGAUAAACCUAGAACCUGGAGAAUUUAUCAUAAAAACUUACUCCGAAAACAGAGAUUUAUGGAAACAAAUGAAAGAUUUCCCCGACUUCCAGGACACCGGAAAGUUUGCCGUUUUACCGUCCAUAAAAUGUCCAAUAUGGCGUUUGCGAAGCCACGACAUCUGUCAGCAAGAAAAACCCAAACCAGAGAACGAACUUUAUUUUACAGGUGUCAUAGAGAGGAUGUUUAUUAUCCUGAAGGAAAACAGACCGAAAAGAAAAUACAAAGAUGUCAUUUCGGUCAGUCGGUUUAUUGACGUGCUGCAACAUUAUUGCCAGGCUCUUUGCGAAUCGGAUUUCUUCUCCACGGAAGCUCAAAGCUUGAAGCACAAAGAUAAACGACUGGUGAAAUACGGAAGGGGAAAAUGGAAAAUUAUUUGUGGAGAGAUGAAAAAAUAA